AUGGAAGGAAAGAACCAAACAGCUAUAUCUGAAUUCAUCAUCUUGGGAUUCUCUGACCUGAAYGAAUUGCAGUUUUUACUAUUUACCAUCUUUUUUCUGACCUAUAUAUGUACUUUGGGAAGAAAUAUAUUCAUCAUCUUGGUSACAAUGGCUGAUCCACACCUACAUACACCCAUGUGCUAUUUCCUAAGGAACCUGGCCUUUCUUGAUAUCUGCUAAACCAYCACCAAUGUCCCACAGAUGRUGGUACAUCUUGUAUCAGAGAAGAAGAGCAUUUCCUUUGGGGGAUGUGUAGCUCAACUUUUUGCAUUCAUUUUCAUUGUAGGAUCAGAGUGUCUCCUCCUGGCAGCAAUGGCGUAUGAUCGCUACAUUGCCAUCUGCAAACCCUUAAGGUAUUCAGUUAUUAUGAACAAGGCCCUGUACAGCCAGUUAGCAGCCUCAUGUUGGAUUGGUAGUUUCCUCAAUUCAGUGGUGCAUACAGUACUGACAUUCUGUCUGCCAUUCUGCAACAACCAGAUUAAUUACUUCUUUUGUGACAUACCCCCUUUGCUGAUCUUGUCUUGUGGGGACACUUCUGUCAAUGAACUGGUGUUGCUGUACAUUGGAGGCUUCAUUGGUUGGACUCCUUUACUGUGCAUUGUCCUUUCCUAUCUUUACAUAAUCUCUACCAUCUUGAGGAUCCACUCCUCAGAGGGGAGACUCAAAGCCUUUUCAACAUGUGCCUCCCAUCUGGUCAUUGUCCUUCUCUAUUAUGGUAGUGCCAUUUUCACAUAUGUGCGGCCCAUUUCAUCUUACUCAUUGGAGAAAGACAGACUGAUUUCAGUAUUGUAUAGUGUUGUUACUCCCAUGCUGAACCCUAUAAUUUACACAUUGAGGAACAAGGACAUCAAAGAGGCUAUGAAGACAAUAGGGAGAAGGUGGCAGCCACCAASUCUUGAUAUGUAA